AUGGACCUACCAUUAGAAAUUUUGGUUGAGAUUCUGUCGAGGCUCCCUGCCAGAGCCGUAUUCCGAUGCAAAUGCGUGUGCAAAACCUGGCUCGAGAUAUUAUCCGACCCUCAAUUUGUAGCCUUGCAUUUUGCCGUUGCUCGUGCUCGUCCAGGCCUCGUNGUGGAUUUUGAAGAUAAGAUUGAUCACCACGAUCUCGAUCAAGUUUCACUUGUGAAAUUUGAUCUCAAGAGGCUGAGUGAAUCCACAGAUGCAAAUAUAGUUCUCGAUGGCUCUGUUAAUGGCUUGUUGUGCUUGAGGGAUACAAAGUACGAACACGAAACUGUUUACGUUUGUAAUCCGAUUACGAGGGAAUAUGUUAGGCUCCCGGAUCCUGAGGGAGUCGUUCGGUAUCAUAGCAUAGUCACGUAUGGAUUCGGGGUAAGCAGAGUAGCUGGCGAAUACAAAGUGGUUCGAGUUUGUCACGACCAGGUUCUUGACCCGAUUAGCCAAUCAUGCAUAAGAAUUCCGCGGUCCGAAUGUCAGGUUUACACUCUAGGAACACGAUCGUGGAGAACCAUCAAUGAAAAUAUGCUGAAUUUUGCAUAUGGUGGCCGCUGUCGUUCUGUUGGGUUGUUUUUCAACGGGAAUGUUCAUUGGUUGAUUCAAGAUUUAAAUGAAGAUACUCAUGAAUUAAUUUCAUGUUUUGAUCUUGAGAAGGAAGCGUUUCGACCAUUCCCAUCUCCAUUUCCAGGGAGGCAAGGACUUCUGGUGAGUCUCGGAGUUUUACAGGAUCGACUGUGUUUAUGCGAUAAUACUUCGUUUUUAGAGAUCAACAUCUGGGUUAUGAAAGAAUAUGGAGUGGAGAAAUCGUGGACUCGAGAAUUUGUCAUCGGAAAAAUGACAGAGCUCAUUGGACCAACAUUAGAAGUAGUUUAUCCAUUGAAGAUUUUUAAAGAUGGUGUUAUUACGUUGUUAUGGGGUGACUUCUUUAUGAUGUAUUGUUGCAAUAAGAGUAGCUUCGGGCAAGAAGUCGAUAUGGAACAGUCAAGGGGGCCUAAUAGAAUCGAGGCAUUGCUUCAUGUUUCCAGUUUAUUUUCGCUAAAAAAAAUUGGAUUGGAGAAUGUUAAUAGCUUUUAA